GAACCCAAAACACAGUGCAUAAAGGUGGGUGAUGCAGGUUCAGAGCCUCCAUUUGUGAAGUCGGUAUAGUGAAGAUGAGUGAAAGCUAUUUCAGAAAUAGCUAAGAAGGUCCCUAUCCAUGUUUUAAACGUUUGAGGGUGGAGAGAAAUUGGAAGUGGCCAGAGAAUAAGGGAAGGAGAGAGGUAGAUACCAGUAGGUGGGAGACAAGCAUGACUGUUAUUAGAAUUGCAAGAACAGUGCCUCUUCUGAAUUAGUUGGGAAGCAAAAAGAUCCCAGUGAAAGAAACGUAUCAAAAUAGUUGGGGAGGAAGAAGGCAGCCUCAGGAAUUCGUGCCUGAUGGUAUCAGGACAGCUUCUAUGAAGCCAUCACAGUGAGGAACGGUGACUGACAAUCACCCUGGCACGCUCUACUCAGAGAUAAACGGUCCAUCUCUCCACAAACGUCUAUUCUUUGUCCAAGGGCGACAGGGAGUAACCCGCCUGAUAGCUCCCCUUUGGCCACCAGGAGGUGCCCUUAGACCACAGCUGAAUCUUAAAGGCGCGCAGUGCCCUGGGACUCACAGUUGUCUAGCCCAGCAGCUUAGUGUGGAUGUGGAGCCCCUACCCCCACCCGAAUCAAGGCCGCCUCCGGGCCUUUGCACCGAGUACUCCUUCGGUGCGCUCACCACAGACGCGGUGCUGCGAGGACACAGAGCUCAUACCCUGGCUAGGGAGAAAACCAGCCACGUCUACACGUGAGCAAACGGAACAUGACUCCGGGGAGCCUUGACAGAAUGCCUCCUAGAGCUAUCCCAGCUCUGCCGGCUUUGGUUCUACUUCCUCAUCAAUGAAUAACAUGUUUGCAAUGGAAAAAAUCUUAAUUAUGUUUAAAGCUUUACAAAAAAAUGACUAGGUUUGCUCAAAAUGUGUAUUUCUAAAAUGUUGUACCAAGCUGGCAACCCUUUUUAGGGGACCCAGUGAGGUAACUUUGUCAUCAGCUGCCGGCCCCGCACCCCCGUUUCAGCAGCCCUUACAGCAUCCCCCAUUGUGAUGGCUAGUGACACCGGCUUUCUGAUUUCACCGAGGCAGCGUUUGCGUCCGGAACCUUUCUGACGCGUGAGCGGCGACCCCCGCUUCCAGGGUGGUGAUUGGCGAGUUGGGGCCGGGGGCGGGCUGACCUCUGCUCCGCAGCGCCGUCACCAGCUGGCCCCGCCCCCGUGUCGGGGUCGCCGGGAGCUGAGCCAGGGGCAGUCAUUUACAUGCGGCCGUGGGAUUGGUCGCCCGGCUCCCGCGAGGGGGAGGGGAGGGGAGCGCGCACUGGCGCGUGCGUGAGCUGGCGCGCGAGGACAGGCCGGGUCGCGGAGGCUCGAGCGGCCUUCGCCAUUUUGUAGGGUCUCUCUGACGCGGAGCCGCCGCCCCCGCCGCCGCCGCCCCCCGGAGGCUCUCGUCAGGAUGGUGAAGCUGUUCAUCGGAAACCUGCCCCGGGAGGCCACAGAGCAGGAGAUCCGCUCACUCUUCGAGCAGUACGGGAAGGUGCUGGAAUGUGACAUCAUUAAGAACUACGGCUUCGUGCACAUAGAGGACAAGACGGCGGCAGAAGAUGCCAUCCGCAACCUGCACCACUACAAGCUGCACGGGGUGAACAUCAAUGUGGAAGCCAGCAAGAAUAAGAGCAAAGCUUCAACCAAGUUGCAUGUGGGCAACAUCAGUCCCACUUGUACCAACCAAGAGCUUCGGGCCAAGUUUGAAGAGUACGGUCCAGUCAUCGAAUGUGACAUCGUGAAAGAUUAUGCCUUCGUACACAUGGAGCGGGCAGAGGACGCGGUCGAGGCCAUCAGGGGCCUCGACAACACAGAGUUUCAAGGCAAAAGAAUGCACGUGCAAUUGUCUACAAGCCGCCUUCGGACUGCCCCUGGGAUGGGAGACCAGAGUGGCUGCUAUCGGUGUGGGAAGGAGGGGCACUGGUCUAAAGAGUGCCCAGUAGAUCGUACGGGUCGCGUAGCAGACUUUACUGAGCAGUAUAAUGAACAGUAUGGAGCUGUGCGCACGCCUUACACCAUGGGCUAUGGGGAAUCCAUGUAUUACAACGAUGCAUAUGGAGCACUCGACUACUAUAAGCGUUACCGGGUUCGCUCUUAUGAGGCAGUGGCAGCAGCAGCAGCAGCUUCUGCAUACAACUACGCAGAACAGACCAUGUCCCAUCUGCCUCAAGUCCAGAACACAGCUGUGACCAGUCACCUCAACUCUUCUGUUGAUCCCUACGACAGACACCUGUUGCCGAACUCAGGUGCUGCUGCCACCUCAGCUAUGGCUGCUGCUGCUGCCACCACUUCCUCCUAUUAUGGAAGGGACAGGAGCCCCAUUCGUCGUGCUGCAGCUGUGCUCCCCACAGUUGGAGAGGGCUACGGUUAUGGGCCAGACAGUGAGCUGUCUCAGGCUUCAGCAGCUGCACGGAAUUCUCUGUAUGACAUGGCCCGGUAUGAACGGGAGCAGUAUGUGGACCGAGCGCGGUAUUCAGCCUUUUAAAAACUGGAGGACAGGACCAGGGCCCUUGUACUCGGAGCCAAGCUGCUCUCCAGGCACUGUGUAAGCCUCUUGUGUUGUGCUCUCUUUCAGGUAGGAUAAUUGUGGACUGAACCCUCGGGCUGCGGUCAUAUAUGAGAACUUGCUUCACGCGGUCCCCUUUGCCGGGAUGUUUCCAUUGCUUCAUGUUUCAGUAAACAAAGGAGUUUGUGACCAACUAUGUUUUCUUUCUUAAUUUAAUUCUUCUAAGUUGACUUUUCUUUCCUCCUAAUAUGAGGGUCUGUAGCCUUUCAUUCUAUUCCUUAUAUUCUCAGCCUUUGAGCAGCACUAGGUAAGGAUUAUGCUGGCAUCCCCUUUUUCCUAUACAGUGGAACCCCUCUUAUCUUGGUUUCCAUAGGAGUUGAAUCCUUCCUCCUGUCUACCUGAAACAUCUCCUUAGCCUUUAAAAUGACCAUUUAGUGGCAAGCAACCUUUUCCUCUUCUGUUAGCGCUGGAUUUAACAUUGAAGCUAAUCCUCUGAAAUUGCUAGGACCACUGGGGUGGGGUUGGGGGGUGUUUUGUUUGUUAGUUUGUUUUUUUUUUUUUUAUGUCUGACAUGUGAUCGUGGUACAGCAUUUGCUGAAAUUUAGCCUUGUUUUGCUCCACUCCUCCCAUUUUUUAAAAAUAUUUUGACAAAUAAACGUUUCUAACACUUAAGUAUCUUUUU